AUGUUGCUUCAUCUACUUAAUUCGGUCUUAUUAGCAACCUCAUUAAGGGUGAAACAACUGAACCUCCACCUCCUUUGA